AGUCGCUCACCCCACGUCGCUCAGCUCUGGACCGCCCCACAGACGCUUGACAAUGGGGCCGACGUCCAUCGCCGUGCUUGGUGGUGGUCUGACAGGACUGUCAGCUGCAUUUUACCUUACAAGGCGAUUUCCGACUGCACGCAUUGCAGUUUACAAUUCAGAGGCACGUUUCGGGGGGUGGGUGCGUUCUGACAGAGUCAGGGUCUCAUACACGAACCACCACAAUGGCAAACUGGAGAACGCAGACGUCAUCCUUGAAGCUGGCCCAAGGACGUUGCGUCCAAACGCGCGCAGCGUACUCGAGUUGAUUCAUCUCUUGAAUCUGUCAUCCACGCUGUUGACUGUUCCGAAGACUUCUGACGCCGCGAAGAAUCGCUUCCUGUAUAUCCCUGACUUUGGCGAACUAUGUCGACUUCCAUCGGCACCUUUAGACUUCCUCACAUGGUCUGGUCCAUCCAGACAAAAUAUCAGGAGCUUGCUACUCUCAUCCGUCGCACGGGAGCCAUUCAAGCGUCGGAACAGGAGACCAGGUCUUGACGACGAAUCCGUCGACGACUUCAUGACAAGAAGAUUCGGAAGUGAAUGGUCGAGGAUCUUUGCAAGCUCACUUGUGCACGGCAUCUAUGCUGCAGAUGCACGGAGACUUAGCCUGCGAUCGGCAUUCCCUUCUCUUUGGGAGGCUGAAGAACGCGGAAAUGGCUCCGUUGUAUCUGGGAUCCUCAGACGGUCUCCUCCACUGACGUCAGACGAAGAGCCUACGUCAUCGUACGAGUUAGGGAACUUAGCAGACACGAUGCGGGAUGUUUCUGUAUACACCUUUCGCGAAGGUAUCAGCACAUUGACAAAUGCGUUGGUCAGAUAUCUGCGAGAGCAUCCCAACGUUUACAUGUAUGGCGGGGUGCGUAUAACAGGCCUUCGCAUAAAUUCAAGAAGCAAGCACUUUGAGCUGAUAACGACGGUUAUGGAGACUGCGUCCCCUACCCACGUUGUGUCCACCCUCCCCUUGUUCCGAUUGCACGGCUUACUCACACCCGCAAUAUCACUUCCACAUCUCACAGCGAAUACCUACACCUCCGUUACCGUCGUCAAUCUUGUGUUUCCGCGCCCGCCGCCUUCCACCGCCCCGCUUCAUCCCGAAGGGUUCGGCUACUUAGUACCCCGUCCGACAGAUGGGUACUUCAACGACAAUAGUCGUCUAGGGAUUCUAGGCUGUGUCUUUGACUCAUCAUCCACCGCCACCCAGGACUCUAGCGAUGCAGUCGUGAAGAUGACGGUGAUGCUCGGUGGACCUUACGCUUCCCGUUCUCUCCCUCAAAUCAACGUCUCAGACCUGCUUAGCGAACUAUCUACUCAUCUCGGUAGAACGCUCCCUGAACCCGUUCUCGUAAAAGUCCACCAUAAUCAGCACUGCAUACCACUUUAUUCCGUGGGUCACCUGCAACGCAUGGAAGAAUUGAGGCAUGUAUUAGCAAGCGAGCCAUGGGCUGGCCGGAUGGAAGUGAUCGGUGCGGGUGUGGGAGGCGUUAGCGUUGGCGAUUGCAUCGAGGCUGGGCGGAAUGCUGGAAGAUUCUGGUCGUAGAGAUGAUCUUUCCAAUCUCACUCCUACUGGGUUCAUGUGGUCGUGGGAGUUGGCAGGGCAGUUGGACGUGCGAAGGUAGGUGCCAACCUUUGUAAUGUGUCUCAAUUACAGAUACAGCACUUGGGCACGUUG